UAUACAAACACACAUAUGGAAUAUCACUGGACUGUCAAUAGGAGGUCACAAAAGGUCCCCGAGAGGUAAAUAGUACAGUAGGUCACUGAUCUGUAAUCAAUGAAAGCCUUGUGCAGUACACCAUAAGGACAGGUCCCGUCGACCAAGUUAACUCCAUACAGCGCUCCGCCCCCAGGCACUUGCACCAUAGCUUCUUAUCAUGGCCAACAACCCAGCGUCCGAAUUACUUGAGACGGCAAGAUUAUUUGGAGUCGACUACAAAACACAUUUCGACCCCAAAAUCUAUUUGGAGAAUUAUCACACGACGGAAAACCGGUUCUUCAACAAGAUGUUAGAGAUGUUUCAUGAGCUCGCGGCUGCGGCAGAAAUUCGUGAUGGUAGCAGACUCCUUGAUGUAGGGUCUGGCCCGAGUAUCUAUUCUGUCAUUUCCGCUGGAAGUCGAUGUUCAGAGAUCGUCUGCUCAGAUUAUUCAACUCAAAAUCUGGAUGAAAUCAUAAAAUGGGUGAAUGGUGACCCUGAUGCCCACAACUGGCAACGAUACUUUGAAUAUGUGUGCAAACUAGAAGGGAAAAACGAUGAAUGGAAACUCAGACAAGACCACAUCCGGCAAGCAAUCAAACGGGUCGUACCAUGUGAUAUUCACCAAGAGAACCCAUCAGCUCCGUUGACCUUGGAACCCUUCGACGUCAUCACAUCCAGCCUCUGUUUGGAGUCGGCGUGUUCUGACAAAUCAUCAUUUAGGAGUGCUGUUAAACACGUGACCUCACUUCUCAAGCCGGGGGGAAUAUUAUUCUUGGCCGGGGUUCAGGGUCAAACCUUCUACUCUGUCGGUAACAAGAGGUUCAAAGCCUUUCCAUUAAGCAACGAGAUAAUCGAAAGCGUAUCUGCUGAAGUUGGCCUGACCAAUUUACGUUGGUACAAUGAGACUUGUGACAGUAAGAAAUAUACAUUUGAGGGCCUCCCAUGUGAUAUGUCUGGAUUGUUUGCGGUCAGUGCCACACGAAUCAGUGGAUGAUGCCCAAACCGAUAAAACAAUGGAAAACUUGCCUAUCAAAUAUACGUACAGUAUAUAAUUCAAUUCAAUUUAUUGAAAUCCAUGUGUAGAAACAGAAAUGAAUACAUGUAGUUUUUUUCCUAUCGUUCUGGCGACCGGUAUAGUUGUGUCAUCAGGAAAAGGUUGAACACAUAGAUUAACAAAAAAUCGGAAAUCCCCUCAAAGAAUGUGGCUUUACAAACGGCUUUCAGCCAAUGUGCAUACAUUAAGUAAAAAUACUGUAAAGUUUGCGAUUAAAGCGGUCGUGGCGCGAAACCGGUGUGCAAGGGAUAGUAGUCCUAGGGCUGAUAGUCCGUGUAACAAUAGCUCGCAUUGCUAAAUGUUUUGGUUAGGGUUAGCGGUACAAUAGAUCAUGCUGCUUAAUUGAUCAAAUACAAUGCUACCGGACUAUGACUCCAGGGGGACUAUAUCCGCUGUCACACCGGCAAUAUGGAAAAUCAAUAAUAACACAUGUUCAGGGCCGUUUACAUUCCAGGUUAGUACACUAUGAGGCACACUGUGACAUGAACCUCUAGGCCUACAAGUUCAAUGGAAACGAACGAGUAGUUCAUAACAAGGCGCUCUUUAUUCGAAAGAAUGGGUACUACAGCUCUUCGUCGUCGAGAAAAUGCAGAUCAUUGUCCUCGUCAUCAUGGUCAUCAUGGUCAUCAAAGUGUACAAUGUCCUGGUCUACGUGUUCAGGGACGGGUUCAUCAGCCUGAAGCAGGCCACAUGCUCGCCAGGCGGUGUGAAUUGCCUCGGCGGUUAUCCGGGCCCAAGAUUCGCCAAUCAAACUUAACACUUCACCCCUUGUUAUGGGAGGGGAAUUCCCUCGCUCAUCGUUAUGCUCAAUCUUCCACGCUUUCCACCUUUUGCGGAGAUUACUUUUGAAAGAUCUGAUAAUCGUCGUGUCCAGUGGUUGCACUAAAGGUGUGCACCUCCCCGGUAUCAUCUCAAUGAAACCGGGGGCAUCUUCAAUUUCCUGGCGGAUUUGUGCAUUUCGGUGAGCGGGGAACAUGUCCCAUAUCAAGAGAAAUGGGAAGGCGUCACCUGUAAAAGGAAGAAGGCAUACGUUGACCCAAGAAAGAAUAGUCUGCCAACUCGCCCAGCCCGUUUCAGAUCCGCUAACUUGUACAUUUUCAGGAGCGUUUUCCCUCAAAUUUUGAAUUUCGUCGCCAUCUGCGACGAGACCCUUAAAAAUGACACUUGCUGUCAUUUUUCUGCCAUCGAACGUAAUUCCAAGUGUUACGGUGCAACCUAAUUUAGAAUUGCCGCGAGAAGUUCGCACGUCAAUUUGCUUCCUGCCCUUGACAUCGUACGUGUACUGGGGUGCCAUAUCCCAAAGUGCAAAAGUUUCAUCCAUGUUCACGACUAGGUUGAUUCCAUUUUCCUCAACAUUCUGAGCUACGUCAUCCCUAAAAUUCGCCACAAGUUGCCCAGCGUUUUCUGGUAUUGUUUGCGAACCUUUGCAUUGCUUCCUGAAGCUAAAGCCAUUUCUUGUUAAAAAUCCGCUCAGCCAUCCUUUGCUUGCUCUGAACUCAACCAGUUGAGGCCUACUAUCCCGGUACUCUUGCUGCCGCGCUGCUGGAAGCUCUGCCCACUAUUGAUUGAAAAACCGUUGUCCCUUCUCCACCAAGUCUUCACCGGGUACUCCCUGCUACCGCCUAGUCUCUGCCCACUCUCGUACGUGUCUGUCCACCUCGGGCCAAUACGCUGAAAGAAUAAAGAGUACUAAUUUUCCAAAAAAAAAUAAUGCUUCCGAAUUCUAAAUUUUACAUAACCACACUCCUCUGUGAGAGACUAGUUUUGGCAUUUUAAUCGAAGGUAACACUCACCAAUCCCUCUCUCUCUUUGUCUCUGCAUGUGGCUCUGCCUUGUCGUGGCUACCCGAUGUCUAUCUCGGAGAUCUUCCUCGUUAAGCCAUCGGCGCAUAGUUGUUGCAGGGAUGUUGUGAGCUCUUGCAAACUCUGUCGCAGUCACGCCGCGAGGAACCCUGAUGUUUUCAUUUUGGUAAUCAUCGAUUAGACGAUUUUUUUCUUGAAUUGAGUAUGACCUAUGGCGGCGAGGAUAUUGUGCCGCGGCAAAAACUUCAUCAUCAUCCUCAGGUUCAGGAUCAGCAUCACCAACAGCGUCACCUCCGUUUUCCAUAGAAAAGGCCAAGUGUGCCAGGAGGCAAAAAACACAGAUUACUUUCUUCAGAUUCAUGGUACAAUACAUGUACUUCACGAAGAGUCGCAUGACA